AUGCUGCUGCUGCUAACGCGCCACUUUGCGGCGGCGCAGCGCGCGCAGGCGAGCAGCCCCGGGGGCGUGAGUGCCGCGGGCAUGAGUGAAGUGGGUCGGGUUGCGGACUGCGGCACGUGGGCCCGCACCCGGCUGAAAUUGCCGAUUGCCGGUGGCUCGCGCGAGCCCGGCGGCGGACGGUGCAAGCAAGGUGAGCAGCCGAAGCUACCGGCAUAUCACUUUUGCGCGGCCCUGUGCCUGUCUUGCGCCAUCGCGUCGGAAAGCAGCGCCAGCCUCAACUUGCAGCAUCCACCACAGCUCACCGCGAUGCAGCACGCUCUCGCACGCGAGGCGGCCCGCUUGAAGCGACUCAUCUGA